CAAGACACAACCCAUGCUCGACUCCAUCUCUCUCACACAGCCGCCGCAAAGAACCCUGAUCCGCCGCCGCCGCCGCAAUCGCCAGCCGCCGACAAUGACGUCCGUGCGGAGCGCGGCGGGGGGAGUGCUGCCGCCGAUCCGGCUGGCGGUGGAGCGGGCGCGGCAGGAGGCGCUCCGCCGCGAGCUGGACGGGUGCCAGCUGCUGGCGGGGAUCUGGUGCCACGGCUUCACGGCGGCGCAGCUCCGCAGCAUCCGGGCUUCUCUCCCGCCGACGGCGAGGCUCCUCGUGGCGAAGAACUCGGAUCUCUCCGCGGCCGUGGCGGGCACGCCGUGGGAGCAGCUGCGGCUCCACGCGAGGGGCAUGAACGCGUGGCUCUUCGUCCGCUCCGACGAGAUCCCCCCCGCGCUCCGCCCCUACCGCGACUUCCAGAAGGAGUGGAAGCUCCAGCUCAACGACUUCACCGGCGCCGUCUACGAGGGCAAGCUCUAUGGCCCCGACGACUUUGCCAAGCUCGAGUCCAUGCCCACCAGGGUGCAGUCCUACCAGUACCUGCUGGGCUGCCUCCAGAUGCCCGCCGUCUCCGUUCUCGCCGCGCUCCGCGCCCGCCAGGAGGCCAUGGCGCAGGCUGAAACGCCGCCGCCGCCCACCGAGGAUGCUGCGGCGACGGCGGCGGCUACGCCGGCGCCGGAGAAGUGAUCAGAGGUUUCUUCGUCUUUCAGUUACAAGCGCAGCAAAUGAAAACUGCUUUCUUCUCUUUUGUAGAUUUAUGCUGCACUUUGUUGCAAGAUUGGGGUUACGUGUAGUAGAAACAAACCCAUUAGCUUCUAUCAUAAGAAUGCAUUGCUCUCAUGAGCUUUCUCCGAUGCACUCUGAUUUUUUUCGAUGGGAUGGAAUGUGAUUUUGUGUUCAUUCUUGUGCUGAUUGGAAUGAGAUGGCAAUGUUAGAAGA